CCGGAAGUCUUGUGACUACGUCAUUGUUGCUAAACACUGGUCCAAAGAAGGAAACAGACAUUUGACAGGUUACUGCUAAGGCACGGGCAAAUAUGAGUGUCCCAGACUACAUGCAAUGUGCUGAGGACCACCAGACUGUGCUUGUUGUGGUCCAGCCGGUUGGCAUCGUACCUGAGGACCAGUUCUUCAGGAUUUACAAACGCAUUGCCAGUGUGAGCCAGGUGAGCAUCAGGGACUCCCAACGCCUUCUCUACAUCCGAUACCGCCACCACUACCUGCCUGAGAACAACGAGUGGGGUGACUUCCAGACACACCGCAAGGUCGUGGGCCUUAUUGCCAUCACCACCUGUGGCUCAGCCAAGGAGUGGCCCCAAACUGCUGAACGGUUCCACGGGCAGAAGGAGGUGUACAGCUCUACGCUUUAUGACUCAAGGUUGCUAGUGUUUGGGCUUCAGGGGGAGAUUGCAGAGCAACAGCGCACAGAUGUGGCCUUCUAUCCCAGCUUUGAAGAUGGCUCCGAUGUGGAAAAGAGGGUGGAGGAUUUUGUGGGGUCAAUCUUUAUUGUUCUGGAGUCCAAGCGGCUUGACAGAGCCACCGACAAGUCUGGUGACAAGAUCCCUUUGCUGUGUGUGCCCUUUGAGAAGAAAGACUUUGUGGGUUUGGAUACAGAUAGCAGGCAUUAUAAGAAGCGUUGCCAGGGACGGAUGAGGAAGCAUGUUGGGGACUUGUGUCUCCAAGCAGGCAUGCUGCAGGAUGCCCUGGUCCACUACCACAUGGCCGUGGAGCUGCUCAGGGCCGUUAAUGACUUCCUCUGGUUGGGUGCUGCACUGGAGGGUUUGUGUUCAGCAUCUGUCAUUUUCCACUACCCCAGUGGAACAGCAGGGAAGACAGCAGGGCGCAAGCCAAGUAUCUCCCAGCCAGCAGAUGCAGGGAAACGCCAUAGACCAGGGGCUCAAGAGGUUCUCAUUGACCCAGGUGCUCUCACAGCCAACGGCAUUAGUGCAGACACCAGUACUGAGAUUGGACGAGCAAAGAACUGCUUGAGUCCAGAGGACAUCAUCGACAAGUACAAAGAGGCCAUCUCCUAUUAUGGAAAGUAUAAAAAUGCCGGAGUCAUUGAGCUAGAGGCUUGUGUGAAAGCAGUCCGGGUGCUGGCCAUUCAGAAGAGGGCCAGAGAAGCCUCAGAGUUCCUGCAGAAUGCUGUUUACAUCAAUUUGGGACAGCUGUCAGAGGAGGAGAAGAUCCAGCGCUACAGCAUCCUGUCUGAGCUCUACGAACUGAUUGGUUUCCAUCGCAAGUCAGCAUUUUUUAAGCGCGUUGCAGCCAUGCAGUGUGUGGCGCCCACCAUCCCGGAGCCAGGAUGGAGGGCCUGCUACAAACUGCUGCUGGAGACAUUACCUGGAUACAGCCUCUCGCUUGACCCGAAGGACUUCAGCAAAGGUACCCACCGAGGCUGGGCUGCUGUACAGAUGCGCCUCCUGCAUGAACUGGUGUAUGCCUCGCGUCGCAUGGGCAACCCUGGUCUGUCAGUGCGCCACUUGUCCUUCCUGCUGCAGACUAUGCUGGACUUCCUGUCUGAUCAAGAAAAGAAAGAAGUGACUCAAAGUCUGGAGAACUACACCUCCAAGUGUCCUGGUGGAAUGGAGGUCAUCACCCUUCCGGAUGGCCUCAAGUUGCCUCCAGUGGCCUUUACAAAGCUUCCCAUUGUUCGAUCGGUGACGCUUCUCAAUCUGCCUGUCAGUCUGCGGCCCCACAAAGUGAAAGGCCUCCUGGGACAGAAUAUGUCCACUGCAAGUCCCUUCAUUUACUCUCCAAUCAUCAUGCACAACAGAGGAGAGGAGCGCUGUAAGAAGAUAGACUUCCAGUGGGUCCAAGGAGAUGUGUGUGAAGUGCAGCUCAUGGUCUACAACCCCAUGCCUUAUGAACUUCGAGUGGAAAACAUGGGUUUAUUGACUUCUGGGGUAGAGUUCGAGUCCCUCCCUGCUGCGCUGUCCCUGCCUGCAGAGUCUGGCCUCUACCCAGUCACUCUGGUUGGCAUCCCACGUACAGCUGGUAACAUCACUGUCAAUGGUUACCACACGUCUGUGUUCGGUGUGACAAGCGACUGCCUGCUGGAGGGGCUGCCAGGUGUGAAGACUAGUGGAUGCUUGGUGGAGGUCAUUCCUGCCCUUCCUCGCCUGCAGCUGAGCACCUCACUACCACGGUCAGCACACACACCUCAUCCAAUGUCAAAGGAAGAACUGUCCAGCACUGUGUCUGUCCAACUGUUCAAUGGGGAGACCCAACAGCUGACCAUCACUCUGGAAAACAUUGGGUCGGAGGAUAUUGAGACCCUGGAACUUACCUCAAAGACUAUCAGCACUAAAGAAAAGGUGUUUGGGGAGUUUCUGAGCUGGGACCUGGAGGAGGCCUUGUCUCGCCUGCCCCUCAAGCACGGCCAAGCUGUGACAGUUACCGUCAACAUCAAAGUCAAACUGGACUUUUCUGGCCAGGAGAACCUGCUCCAGGACCUCAAUGAUGAUGGCAUCAGUGUGACAGGCCUGCCAAUCUCCAGUCCUCUGCGCCAAGUGCUCAAACCCAGGGCCGAGACCAAGCCAGUCAGCAGUGAGUCCGGCAAGGCGGAGUACAGCCACGUUAAGAUUUUGGAAGCAGUAGUGAACUUCAAGUACUCUGGGGGAGCAGGCAAAGUCGAGGGCUACUACAGAGAACUAUCUCUGGGCAUCCAUGUUGAUGUGGAGCCUUCUGUGUUCUUCACCAGAGUCAGCACCCUCCCUGCCACCAGCACCCGCCAGUGUCACCUCCUCCUUGACAUCUUCAACCCAACCGAGCAUGAGCUCACUGUCAGUGCCAAGAACAACCAGGACUUGGUUCUCCAUGCCAGCGAGUGCCAGAGGAUGGCCAUCCAGGUCGAUAAGUUCGACUUCGAUAGUCUGCCACAGCCGGAUCAAGAGACAGCCCGCUUUGCUAACCCCAAACAGCUAGAGGAGGAGCGGCAGCAUGCCCAGGGCUGCCAGAUCAACAGCAAGCUGGGCAUAUGUUGGAGCAUCCCGUCCCUGCGGCGCCGUGGAGAGGCCAGUGUAGAGGGAGUCCUCAACCAGCUGGUCCUAGAACAUCUACAACUUGCUCCUUUGCAGUGGGAUGUGCUGGUGAACGGGAAGCCCUGCGACUGCGACGUCAUCGCCGACUGCAAAGUGGGCGACGCCGUGACCCUUGAGGUGAAACUGACCAAUCGGAGCAAGAACUCGGUGGGGCCCCUGGCUCUGACCGUGGUCCCCUAUCAGGACUUUCAGAACGGGGUCCAGAACUACGACCUCGAGGACACGGUCACCUUCAUCGGCUCCAACACCUUCUACACGGAAAUGGUGAAACCCAAAGACAGCUCUGUGUGUGUGGGUGCGCUGCUCUUCCUCUACACGGGCGACUUCUAUCUAAACAUCAAGUUCCAGGACGACAGCGCUGGGCGGGAGCUCCCCUUGGACUGGUUCACUCUGCCCAGUGUCCACAUAAGAGCUCUGGACACCCCACUGCAGGCCGGCGCUUAGCCGCAUCAAACGACUCAAUGGACCAUGGGAGGUUUUCUGGAUAUAUGUAAAUACUAUAGUCUUAUGAAUGACUCACUUCAAGUGAUGAAUCACUUGUAGAUACAAUGUUAGAUGUUACCGCAUGAGAACAACAGUGCAGAGCAUUUUUUUUGUACCCAACAUAAAGAAAGUAGCAUUAAUGUGUCCAGUAUUUGCAUCCAAUAGAAGGAUCCGAUGCUUUAUGGACCUACUGUGUAGACAACCAGAACCCGGAAAAAAACUGAGAGGAGACAAAAACAACACAGUGAUGGUGAUGGGUUUACUGAAACUCUCAGCUGGGCACCAACACACAGCCAGCGCCGCUAUACUGUACAUGCCUAUAGUCGCUGUGGUACAGUAUGGAGUGCUAUAGUGUACAGUGCGUUGCUAUAGUUACGACUAACAUUUGUACAGUCGGCGCAUUUGAACCGACCUCACCACAGGUUCAGUGGUUACGCGAAUCGGAUCAAAGUGAACUGUGGACUCUUCACUUAGUGGUUUAACAAUGUGCCAGGACUUAUUAUUCAAUAUCAGUGGGGGAAUGAAGACUUUAGCACAAGUGGGCUGAAGGAGUCUGUGUCAAAAUGUGUCCUGUCAGAAUCUAAUGUAAUGUACUGUAAAGAAAAAGCUUCUUUCUUUCUUUCAACUCUCUGACAUACUGAAUGGUGAAACUCUGAAUAUGACUCCUCACCAACACAACCGUUAUAUUCAAUAAAUGGUAAAAGAACA